GAGGGACGACCCGGAAAUGACUUGAAAGGGAACCCGGAAGUCCUGGGCAGGGAAGCAAGCCGCGACGCCAGCCAGAAUGGACGACACGCUCUUCCAGUUAAAGUUCACAGCCAAGCAGUUGGAGAAGCUUGCCAAGAAAGCAGAGAAGGACUCCAAGGCCGAGCAAGCCAAAGUCAAGAAGGCCCUUCAGCAGAAGAACGUGGAAUGUGCCCGUGUCUACGCAGAGAAUGCCAUCCGGAAGAAGAACGAAGGUGUCAACUGGCUCCGCAUGGCUUCCCGAGUAGAUGCCGUGGCCUCCAAGGUCCAGACCGCAGUGACCAUGAAAGGGGUGACGAAAAACAUGGCCCAGGUGACCAAGGCCUUGGACAAAGCGCUCAGCUCCAUGGACCUGCAGAAGGUCUCAGCAGUGAUGGACAAAUUUGAGCAGCAGGUGCAGAAUCUGGACGUUCACACUUCGGUGAUGGAGGACUCCAUGAGCUCAGCCACAACGCUGACCACACCCCAAGAGCAAGUGGACAGCCUGAUAGUGCAGAUCGCGGAGGAGAACGGCCUGGAGGUUAUGGAUCAGUUGAACCAGCUGCCCGAGGGCGCCUCGGCAGUGGGGGAGAGCUCUGUGCGUUCCCAGGAGGAUCAGCUCUCGCGAAGGUUGGCUGCCUUGCGGAAUUAACGCUCCUUCGCCCUGGGAACUGCUGCUGCUUCUGCCUUGGCCGUGUAUGAUUGGUGGGGUCCUCGUGGGAGACCCCCAGCCUUCCGUUCCCUCCUCCUUUUUGAACUGGUCCCCCCUCUGUGGGCAUGUUGAGAGAUCAACACUAAACACUUCCUCCGGUGGUGAUGGUGGCUCGGUUUCUCUCUUAAGCAGCAGAGGCAGCAGGGCCUCUGCGGGAGCUCGUGUAGACUUGGGGGGCUGGUAGCAGGCAGGCAACUUUGCUGGGUUGGGGCCCCGCCCCACCCCGCCCCGAGACUCUCCUUUCAGUUCUGGCUUUGCAUUAUAUUCUUGUGUCUGGAGAGUGGGAGAGGAAUCGGAUCACGGAACCCUUGUAAACGAAUCCAAGCGUGGCCCUUGUGAGAAUGAGCCAGUUUGCAUUCUGAAAAGGAACAGAAUGCUGACCCGCACUGUUGCCUGCAUGUGCAGGAGCAGGCGUGGCACAGCGUCCCCCCUUCUGUUGCUCCCACCAGAGGCUUGUGGGGUCAGGCCCCUUGUCCUUGGGUGAGAUGUGCCCUGCGAAGGGAAAGGGAGGCGGCCCCAGAGCCCCCUUUCCCAGCAGCUCCGUUCCCUGCCUUGGAUUUACACACCACCGUUAAGUGACCUUGGCAAAUGAUGCUCAUUCACUCUCACGUCCCCCAUGUACAUGAAGCCUCUAUGCCUUCCCCCAGGAUGGCUGCAGCCCUCCCCUCCCCCGCACCCCCAUCUUGCGGCCUGGCAUUUCAGCCUAGCUGGGUCCCACGUCCACCUCCCUACAAGACGGGCAACCCCCAAGUGCAGGCCUGUUUGGGCCCUUUUCCUGGGGCUUGUGCUUGCGGAGAGGCCGGUCUCAUCCUGCGCAGCCCCUGCCAUGCUGAGAAGACUUGGGAUCUCUGGACAGAGCGGGGCUUGACAGGUUUUGGGUGCUGAUCCUGGACACAGCUGCUGUGAUCCUUUCUGCUGCAGUGGGGCUGAGAAUCUCCUUGCUUCGGGGUCAGCCCUGCAGAGCGCGGCUCAAGGUGUGUGUGUGUGUGUGUGGCGGGGGGAGGAGAUGAAUGCAUCAGUCUGCUCCGUUGCUGGAGUCCGAAAUGAGGCUGUCUUUGCUCCCCCUCCCUAGUUUCCUAAGGGCCUUGGGCCUUUCCAAAUCCUCCCCCCACCCUUCCUGGUUUAAAGGAGGGGGGCAUGCAUCGUAUAUCUUGUCAGUGAAUGGAGUGGCAUGUUCUCCAUCUCUUGGGGAAAGUGUUCUGUUUGCCUUUACCUCUUUUUUUUUUUAAAUUAAACUGAGUACUGUCAAUUCCUGGAUGUUGUUUUAAAUAAAUACUCUCUGGAAAUCA